UUUAUAUAUUUUAACUUUUAACUAGACUAUUAUUAUUGCAUUUUAAAAGUAGUUCGUUUUUUUAAUAUUUCAAUUAUAGUGUGGAUGAUAAAUUGUUCAGUGACCAAAGUAUAGGCAUUUUUAUCGUACUCUAGCGAGAGUUACACGUUAGUUUGCCAGAAACGGGCAACUGAUAUUUAUUGUAGGAUCGUAUACCUACCUAAUUUAUAAUGGAUAGUGCAUCAAGACCUAUUGACAGUAUUGCGGAUAACCGCUAUUUUUGCCACAGCUGUGAUGCCGAAAUAGGGAGUGUAGCUGAUGAUUUUACAUGCCCAACAUGUCAUUUGGGUUUUAUUGAAAAAGUUGAAGAACAACAAACUCCUGAGGAACCAGAUGAUGAGGAUAUGGUAUUUGCCAAUGCACACUUUAUGGUUAAUGGUCUAUUGGGGGAUGGCGAAGGUGGAGGAAGACGAAGAUCAAAUAUUCGUCGUCGUAGAUUUACAACAAGAGGUCCUCAUGUAAUGACAUUGCAACCUGGAAGAGGUCCAAGGCGUAGUUCAGGUGGGACAAUUGAAAAUUUAGUAGAAGAUGUCAUAGUCAAUUUUGCUGAUUAUGCUCGAGCUGGCGGAAGUCCAGUUAGAUUUUUACUUGGUAAUCCUGGUGAUUAUGUUUGGGGAAGAGAUGGAUUAGAUUCAAUUGUAUCGCAGUUAUUAAAUCAGAUUGAUGGAGCUGGACCUCCUCCAUUAACAAAAGAGAAAAUACAAGAAAUUCCUACAGCACUUAUAUCUCAAGAACAUUUAGAUAUAAAACUCCAAUGCUCUGUUUGUUGGGAAGAUUUUACAAUUGACGAAAAAGUAAUGAAACUAGCUUGUGACCAUAUGUUUCAUAAAGAUUGUAUUAUACCUUGGUUAGAAUUGCAUGGUACAUGUCCAAUUUGUCGUAAAUAUUUAGCCGAUGAUGGGUUAAGUUCAAUUAAUUCAGAUCCACUAGGAAUCAGUUUAGGUGUUGGACCAAAUUUAGCAGCACUCAUUAGAGCUCGUAGUAAUCCACGUAAUAAUACUGAUCCAGUUUGGGGAAUGAAUGAUUAUGAUAUGGCAUCUACGUCAUCUGAUUGGCCUACACAACUUGGUAUUAGUUUACCACUUCCAAUUGUGUCAUCAUCAUCAGCUACACAGACUCCAGCUGCAGCAUCAGGUAUGUCCACAUAUUCAUCUGUCACGGCUAGAAACUUACGUGAUCAACGGUUGUCAACUUCAACUGCUGAUGUUGAACCUAUGGAAACUGAUCAUGAUCAAAAUUUACCUGCAGUGAAUAAUACAAAUAAUUCCUAGUCUUUUCUAGUAAAAACAAGUAUGAUUUUAGUACAAUAUGAGUUUACUAUUUAAUACAUAAAAAUGGAAGAAAUAUAUUCAAUUAAUAACAAUUAAUCAAAUACUUUUUUUUUUUUUUAAAUCAUUAAUACAUUUUUUAUAACAUAAUAACAAUAAUUAAUGACGAUUUAUCAUUUUACUAGUAAUUGGCAUUCAGUUAUUUCAAAAGGUAUUUUAAAUAUAUACAUAAAUUCCUAUGUAUAUGAAUUUAAAUAUAUUUUAAUUGCACUAUUUUAAUUCACCCGAGUCUCAAUUGUCAUUAGU